UUAUAAUUCAUCAAACUGUCGAGUCGAUAGUUUAAUAGCGCAUUUAGAAACCCGCCGAAGUGUGAAGAAUAUCGCGGUUCACAUGGUCAAGUUUGUGUCGUAACCCAAUGGUACGUAUCAAAAAUCGAUACCUCGUUUGUUUCAUUUCGAUUCAACCUCAAAAUUCCAAUUCAUUUAUACCAGGUUAUCCUGGCUGCCAAAAGGAGGAUACAGCGGCGAUGCGCUUGAGCGAGUCUGAUUUAUUAGCCAUGAUAAAACAAAACAUCACCCUUACACACGGUUCACUUGGAGUCGGUAAAUGUAUGUCUCGCUUAAGAGUAAUUCACUGGUGUCCUGCUUCCGGUUUAUUGAUUAUACGUUGCCUUCGUAGCAUGUCUGUUUACGUCCAAACAGCACUCUCUUUGGUUACUCACUUAGAUCUCAAUGGACAAAAAAGGAAAUCGGUAAUCGACAUUUAUCAUACAAGCGGUACAGUCAGAGGCUGCCAAAAAUUUCUAGUCAUGUUUUACUCUCAUAAUUUAUUCUCAAGACCAGAACAAUUAUUUCGAACAGCCUUGUCUAUUGCCGUUGAACGAAAUAUGAUUUCUCCAUAUCCACCAUACAUCAAUGAAGAAUCCUAAUUUUCUAUUUAUUUAAUUAACUACAGAGUAUCAUGGUAAAAGUCUUAUCUGUUACCUAUUGAUAUAAAAAUAAAAUGUUAAGAUUAUGUAUCAAACGAAAUUUAACUUCACAGAAAACAGCUUAGACGUAGUUUUAUUUUUAAAAUAUAGACUAACUUGGACGGGAUUCAAAUAAAAUUAUAAUUGACACUUUAGAAAAGGAAAUGCUGGUUGAUUACGAUGAAUAGUAGCACAGAGUGUGAAAUUUAAAGUCUGUCAUUAAGAAAAGCCACCAUUAGUAAAACCAUUUUAGAUUAUGAGCGGAUUCAAAUAUUAAUUAAUUCA